CGCUCAGCUGAGCGCAAGCCCCACUGCGCGAUUGCUGGCGUUUGCGCCUCCUCUUCCCCUCCUCCCGCCUCGCCCUAAAGGAGGACGAGAAGAGAUCCAGGCUCGGGCUGGUUUAUUCUGCGGCCGGGGAUUAUAUUUAUUUGCAAUCGUCUCACUCGCCAGAUUUUCCACUCAGGCACAGGCAUAGGAGGGCUGUUUUCCAAAUUACUGUCUUUAAUUGCACCUGCCUUUCAGAUUACCUCUGGGAAUCGGUGGGAGGAGCCGAGAGGGUGUAAAAUGUUGCUUCGCUUUGCAAAAGGAAGAAAACUUUGUCACCCAGCGGGAGACCUCUGCCACGAGUAACCCGGAGAGAGACCAGAACCAGGACAGACUUUGGCUUUGAUUUUGCAUCGAUGAGCCCGUAGGAGGAAGAGGACACGUGAGCUCGGCGCUCGCGCCGACCGCCAUCCCGCCCGGGUGGCGGCGGCCCGAGGUACCCACCUUCCCUCCCCGCGUAAGUCCGCACGCGGCGUCUCAAGGGGGAAGGUAGUACUAAAGAGCACGCGGCUCGAGGCCGACGGCAGGACCUCAUUCCAGGAACGGGUCACCCGGAAUUAACUUCUGGUUAAAGUUAUGGGAAGCGCGGCCAUGGACACCAAGAAGAAGAAAGAUGUUUCCAGCCCCGGCGGGAGCAGCGGCAAGAAAAACCCCAGUCAGAAAAGGCGUUCGCUGCGAGUGCACAUUCCGGACCUGAGCUCCUUUGCCAUGCCGCUCCUGGAUGGAGACCUGGAGAGUUCGGAAAAGCAUUCUUCUCGUAAGGUGGACAGCCCCUUCAGUUCGGGCAGCCCCUCCAGAGGGUUCUUCUCCAGAGGCCCCCAGCACCGGCCCUCCAGCCCCGUGUCUGCUCCCGGGAGGCCCAAGACCAGCCCUGGCUCUCCCAAAACCGCGUUCCCAUUCUCCUCCCAGGAGUCCCCCCCGCGCUCCCCACGCCGCAUGAGCUUCAGCGGGAUCUUCCGCUCCUCCUCCAAAGAGUCUUCCCCCAGCUCCAACCCGUCUACCUCGCCGGGGGGCAUCAGGUUCUUCUCCCGCUCCAGAAAAACUUCAGGCCACUCUUGCUCUCCGUCGACACCCACCCCAGUGGCCAAGCAGCACACGUUUCCUCUCGAGUCCUAUAAGCACGAGCCCGAGCGACUGGAAAACCGCGUCUAUGCCUCCUCUUCCCCUCCGGACACGGGCCAGAGGUACUGCCCGUCCUCCUUCCCGAGUGCAGCCAGGCCUCCGUCAGCAUCCCCGGUGCACUGUGCAACCUCCAAAGCCGCGGCGCUGGCGGCGGCCCCGGGACCCGCGGAAGCCGGCAUGCUGGAGAAAUUCGACUUGGAAGAAGAAGCAGAAGACUCAGAAAGUGGUGUUUACAUGCGAUUCAUGAGGUCGCACAAGUGUUACGACAUCGUUCCAACCAGUUCAAAGCUUGUCGUCUUUGAUACCACAUUACAAGUUAAAAAAGCCUUCUUUGCAUUAGUAGCCAAUGGUGUUCGAGCAGCACCACUGUGGGAGAGUAAAAAACAAAGUUUUGUAGGCAUGCUAACGAUUACAGAUUUCAUAAAUAUACUACAUAGAUAUUAUAAAUCACCCAUGGUACAGAUUUAUGAAUUAGAGGAACAUAAGAUUGAAACAUGGAGGGAGCUUUAUUUACAAGAAACAUUUAAGCCUUUAGUGAAUAUAUCUCCAGAUGCAAGCCUCUUCGAUGCUGUAUACUCGUUGAUCAAAAAUAAAAUCCACAGAUUGCCAGUUAUUGACCCUAUCAGUGGGAAUGCACUUUAUAUACUUACCCACAAAAGAAUCCUCAAGUUCCUCCAGCUUUUUAUGUCUGAUAUGCCAAAGCCUGCCUUCAUGAAGCAGAACCUGGCUGCCCUUGGCAUCGGGACGUACCACAACAUCGCCUUCAUUCACCCGGACACGCCCAUCAUCAAAGCCUUGAAUGUCUUUGUAGAAAGACGCGUGUCAGCCUUGCCUGUUGUGGAUGAGUCAGGAAAAGUUGUAGAUAUUUAUUCCAAAUUUGAUGUAAUUAACCUUGCUGCUGAAAAAACAUACAAUAACCUAGAUAUCACAGUGACCCAGGCCCUUCAGCACCGUUCGCAGUAUUUCGAGGGUGUGGUGAAGUGCAGUAAGCUGGAGAUACUGGAGACCAUCGUGGACAGGAUAGUGAGAGCUGAGGUCCACCGGCUGGUGGUAGUGAAUGAAGCAGACAGUAUCGUGGGCAUCAUUUCCCUGUCGGACAUUCUGCAGGCCCUGAUCCUCACACCCGCAGGUGCCAAACAAAAGGCGAGAGAAACCGAAUGAGUGCUGUGAGUGGAGAAGCCCUCGUAGGAGAACUUGAACAAACAUUGUGGGUCACACCUUGCCUCGUGAACGCUGACCACGAUAGAGAAUAACAUGGCUAAGAAUGUGUAUCAGGGGUUGAGUGAUGGGUGUUUUUCCCAGUGAUGAUGAAAUUAAGCAUAAAAGAGAGAUUUUAUGUGUUUGAAGAUUCAGGCUUGCAUUAAGACUGCUUUCAGACCUUUGUCUGAAAGAUUUCAAAUGCUGUCUGUCAUUAAAGUGCACUGUGUCCUGAGUUUUUUAUUAUUUUUCAUUUCAAAGAAUUACUGGUAUAUAACAGGUUAUGUGACAUAAGGCAAGUGCAUGGCAUAUUCAGAUCUAGUGCCUUAUGUCAACACAGAGAUAUGUCAUCACUACUGCCCACCGCAGCAGGGGCGCGUGUGUGAAAUGACACUGCCCUGCAGUGUGAGUCUUUGAACCUUUACCAAAUCAGAUUCUUUUCAUUAGAUUUGUCAGCCAGUUGCAAUUUGAAUAUAAAUAAUUGCUUUAUAAAACCUCAAUGACAGUUUUAUGUUUAAGUGUUCUGAACUAUAAUGUAAACAAGACUGCUUUACAACAGCUUUAUUUAUUUUUAUUUUUACUCUCAUGCAAUUUUUUACACAUCUUUUGGUGACUAAACUUCACCACACCCAUUAAUAAGCCAUUGGUUGUUAUUUUAAAAUGGCAAAUGCCUCAUUUAAGUUUGGCUCUGAAAAGGAAAUGACUUCUAAAAUAGCCACUGUUAGGUUUUAAAAGCUGACAUUUCUCAAGCGUGUGUGGAAACCUGCCCUGCCAGGCUGGAAACAGGCAGCAGUUGUAAGGAAACAAAGUGCCGGGAAGAUGUCUAUUUUUUCUUGUGUAUUGAAAUGUAAAAUCAUGAUGUUUGUAUGAUGGCUGAUGCGAUUGUUUUUGUACAUUUUACUGUGGCAUAUACAGUAUUGUCAUAUGGAUGAAAAGAAACACAGUGUUUCCUAAUGUAAGUGCUCUGAAGAUGUUGACACUGUAUAUACAUAUUAUGAGUAUAGUUUGGUUUUUUGUUUCUUUGUGUUCUUUUGCAGAUUGAAAAAUUAAAAUAAAUCUUACUAUCAACCA